CAUCGAGCAUUGAUUUACAAUUAUUUUACAUUUAAUUCGAUACUUUCGAUUAUUUUAUUUUGACAAUAUGUCACUUACAAUGUUGUGUUGUUUUAAAAAUUGUUUUGAAGGAACUCUUUUCAGCGCUACUAGUGUUAGAAGAGAGCCAAUCAAUCCUAUAAUUUUAGAUACAAGUAAUGUAGGUCAUGAAGUAGUAAUCAUCAAAAAUGGUCUACGAAUUUGUGGAUCAGGAGGUGCUCUUUGUACAGCCCCACUUGUGCAAAGCAAAUCUUACUUUGAAGUCAAACUACAACAAACAGGGGUUUGGGGUAUCGGAUUAGCGACCAGAGGAUGUGACAUCAACUCAGCGCCUGGCGGUGGUGACAGUGAGUCGUGGGUGUUGUGCCAUGAUGGCAGCAUAAGACACAAUGCUGCCGAACUAACACGAUUAACUGAAACGCCCGCCGAGGGAGAUGUGUUGGGUGUAACCUAUGACCAUAUCGAGCUUAACUUUUCCCUGAAUGGAAAACCUCUGGAAAAGCCUGUCUCGGGGAUUCGAGGGACUGUUUUCCCAGCUCUGUUUGUUGACGACGGAGCUAUAUUGGACCUUAUUGUUGACAACUUCAUCCAUCCUCCUCCCAGCGGAUUUGAACGGAUUAUGCUGGAACAAUCUCUGCUUUAACGUGCAUUCAAAAUAAGGCAUGUUUCCUCAUAUAACGUUCGUUACGCCAUUUCAACAUUAUUUUAUUGUUACGUUAUCUCCUAAGUGAUUUUGUCUUCAUGUACUCAUGUUGUCUUGGGUGUUUUCAUGUACAAGAUAUUUUAUUUUAAAAGUACGCUAUUUAGAAGGUAUAUUAUAGUUAUCUUCAAAAUUAUUUUAACUUCAAAAGCUAUCUUACCGACAUAAUAGUAUUUUCAAAAUACGAUAUUAGAUGUUGAAAUGAUUUAGCAAUACUUUAUAGCUUUUAUCUGGUUUAUUUGUAUAUGUUAUAAUGAAUUUAUGUUAUGAAGGUAUUGCUGUAGAUAUUCAUAUUUUAUGAGACGAUAAUAAUAAUAAUAUUAUUUUAAUAUUAUUAUUAUUAUUAUAUUAUUAUUAUUAUUAUGAGACGAUAAGAAAUUAUCACAAUUUUAUAAAAAUUGAGGAAUAGUUUUGGGUGCUAGAAUAUUAUCAAUCUCUAGUAAAUUUGAGAUUCCUCUAGUACCGUACCUCCAAAGUUUGAGAGAUAUUACUUUUUUACACGGCUCUCUCUCGAAGACAGCAUGCUCCCUACUUUUGUGUCAGCAUCCAAUUGUGCGCAGCAUGCUUACUCCUCUCCACUACUCUGUCCUUGCUACAAACUGUGGAAGGGGAAAUCUGUUUCCACUUUUCAUGUCAAAAGUAAUAUCUCUCGGUUUUAGGAACCUCCAGUAAAUAACCUCAAGUGAACUCUUUAUUAUCUCUCUCUAUCUCUAUCUCUUGAGAUAGUGAUUGAUUGAUUGAUUGAUUAAUUGCCUUUAUUAGGAUGGAGUUAUGACGAGAGAGAGAGAGAGAGAGAGAGAGAGAAAAAUAGACACAGACAGAGAUUGAGAGAGAUAAACAGUAUAUUAUAUAUCAAGUUGAUAUCACAGAAUUUUUUAUUUUGUAUAAUUUAGUGUAAUGUAUUGUGGUAAUAUCCAAGAACUAUUUCAAAUUUCUACCAGUUAUGAUUUCAAUAUUGCGGUACUGUCAAAGAACUUUUGUAUAUUAUUUCAUAUCAAAUAUUUUUAUAACAAAUAAUGUUGAAUAAGCGUAACUCUCUAUUGAGGGAAACUUCAAAACCUGUGGUAUAAUGCCAAACUAACUUCUUAAGCGUAAUACUUACAACAAUAAGUCCAAAACAUAAUCAAUAACUUGCAAAUUGUACUAGUCCUAAUGUUACAUUCAGAUGGAGACAUUUAUCGCGCUAAAGCAUUAUCAUAGAGUGAUCUAGGGUCUAGCUAGACUUGUGUGUAGAACGAGGUCAUUAAAACUGGUCCAAAUCUAAUAUGAACCUAGAUGAAUUGAAUGUAGGGUGAAUUUUAAUCACCAAAUGAUAACACAAUUUGUUAUCUGGUUUAGAUUACUCCAAGAAGACUAGAGCCAUACCAGUCUAAACACUUUGGAACCAAAUUUUCUGUCUAAAUACUUGAUCAGUGUAUUCUUAUUCAAUGCAAUACUAGAGCUAGAUCAGUCUAGACUUUUCUAUCAAUGUCGUAAGUUAGUUAUCUAGAUCACUCUACAGUUUAACGCAAUGAAUGUAUCCAUCUUGGUGUCUCACUAUUUAUUUUUCAAAAAUAUUUUUUCUAAAUAUCACUGGAUUAACUGAGAUGCUAAGCAUCAAUUCAUAAUAUUCAUCAGUUUUUGUUAUAGAAAUAGCAAACAUAUGUGUCUACAAUAAUAAUUAUUUUAACUACUUAAUUGUUUAUCAUUAUGUUGAAUUUUAUCUGUCCGUAGGUAUGCACAAGUAGAUUAUGGUUAUUAAUUCGUUAUUUGUAGAAUAUCAUUAAAACAUUAUUUAUAAGUGUAUAACAUGAUUGGGGAAAAAAUUAAUCAUGCAUUUAUUAAUUUAUUUUAAUUUACAAAAAUGUAUAUGAUAUGAUAAUUUUAUGAUGCCAUACAAAAAUUGUUAGGAAUUCAAAUUUAUGUAAAUAAUUCACGUACAAUUUUAUGUUAACCAGGUAUUCUCGAACUAGAGUAGCGGGUACUAUUAAUAUGAAAAAAUUUACUCUGAAAUGCCUUCUUAUAAUAUGUAUCAACUCUCUAUAUUUUUAUCGAAUUUCACCAUUCAUUUUCUGAAGUUAUCAAGCAUGAUAUUAUUGAAAAUACAGAUUUAUAGUGUAAAGAGACAAUAGUGUUUUAGAAUUUUACUCCAUUUAGUCUCAAUUUCCAUAAGUUACUUAAGAAUAUUAUUUAUUCAAAUUUUGUUCCUUUGUUGCCUGUACAACAAAUAAAUGAAAAUGUAAAUGUUCCACUUAUUGUGUAAAUGUUUUGUAUGUAUUUGAUACAGUUUUAUCUUUAUUUCUU